CAAUGAGUUGUGAUUUAUACAGCCGUGACACCCAUUUUAGUUAAGCAUUAGACUCAUAAAAACACUGAUAUUGCUCUUCAGUAAGGAGAAACAACAGCAGUAUUUAUACAUUAUUGAAUGCUGAGUUUGAGUCGGUGGGUGUUUGAUUUAUUGUUCGGGGCAACCGAAGUGUAGUAUGGUUUAGGUUUUGACCAAUCAAAGCACUUCAAUCCGAAGCCCCGCCUUUCGUGGUCAGGACAGACCAAUUUAUCGAAUGCACUUCCGCGCUCUGGCUAGACAAAAGCGGACACUUAAGGUCGUGUAUGUCAUGUCAAUUGAAAAACGACCAUAAAUUGUAGCCGUUAACAUUUUAAACAAAUAAAAUAACUUGGAGUGUAUUUAAUAUUUGCCUCUUCUUUCUCGCUGUUUGAAAUUUCAACAAGAUGAGCAGCGUCGCUACUUCCUCCUCCGGCAGCUGCAGCUCCACCUUAACAAACCGAUGUCAGCUUUCAUGCAGGCUUUUUUUGCAUUGACGUCAACCGCAUACAGCACAAAACAGAGGCUUUCUUCGUAUUUCGUAUGCUAGUGUCAGAAUGUGGACAGAUAGCCGGACGAUGGUACCAAUUUUAAACCAAUCUGACCGCGACAGCUGUUGAUUUAUCUGCCGUCACUUCGAGGAAGACAUCGUGUCCAAGGAUAACCGCAACACAACCACCGUUGCCCAGAGUGCGGCCCAGGCACGAGGCCACGACCGCCACAUCCGGCACCAUGAUGGAAGGGGGCAUGCAGCUGCUCAACCGUGAUGGCCACAGCAUCUCGCAUAAUUCGAAGCGCCACUACCACGACUCGUUCGUGUCCAUGAACAGGAUGCGACAGCGUGGUCUGCUGUGUGACAUUGUGCUUCAUGUCUCCAACAAAGAAAUCAAGGCGCACAAAGUGGUGCUGGCGUCCUGCAGCCCCUACUUCCAUGCUAUGUUUACCAACGAGAUGUCUGAGAGUCGGCAGACCCACGUGACCCUUCACGACAUCGAUCCUCAGGCUUUGGAGCAGUUGGUCCAAUACGCCUACACAGCAGAGAUUGUGGUCGGGGAAGGCAACGUGCAGACGUUGCUCCCAGCAGCAAGCCUGCUGCAGCUCAAUGGGGUGCGGGACGCCUGCUGUAAGUUCCUCCUCAGCCAGCUGGACCCUUCUAACUGCCUGGGCAUCAGAGGCUUCGCUGACACACACUCCUGCAGCGACCUGCUCAAGUCAGCACACAAGUACGUCCUGCAGCACUUUGUGGAGGUGUCCAAGACAGAGGAGUUCAUGCUGCUGCCACUGAAACAGGUCUUGGAUUUGAUCUCCAGUGACAAUCUCAAUGUGCCAUCUGAAGAAGAAGUGUACCGAGCCGUGCUGAGUUGGGUGAAACAUGAUAUAGACGGACGCAGGCAACAUGUACCUUGGCUGAUGAAGUGCGUGCGGCUGCCACUGUUGAGGCGAGACUUUCUGAUGAGCAACGUUGAUACGGAGCUGCUGGUGCGUCACCAUUCGGAGUGCAAGGACCUGCUGAUCGAGGCUCUAAAGUACCACCUGAUGCCUGAGCAGAGGGGAGUCCUGAGCAACAGCCGGACGCGCCCUCGACGCUGUGAGGGCGCCAGUCCUGUGCUCUUCGCGGUUGGUCAGUGUCCUCCUAAAGGUGGUGGCAGCCUGUUUGCCAUCCAUGGAGACUGUGAGGCGUAUGACACCAGGACAGACCGCUGGCACAUGGUGGCGUCCAUGUCCACUCGGCGGGCACGGGUGGGCGUGGCAGCCAUCGGAAACAGGCUCUAUGCUGUUGGAGGCUAUGAUGGCACCUCAGACCUUGCAACCGUGGAGUCUUAUGACCCCAUCACCAAUGCCUGGCAACCGGAGGUUUCCAUGGGAACACGACGGAGCUGUUUAGGUGUAGCUGUCCUGCAUGGCCUGCUGUAUGCUGCUGGAGGUUAUGAUGGAGCUUCCUGUCUAAAUAGUGCAGAGCGUUAUGAUCCUCUCACCAGCACGUGGACCUCAAUUGCUGCCAUGAGCACUCGCAGGAGAUACGUACGAGUUGCAACUCUGGAUGGCAGCUUGUAUGCAGUGGGAGGUUAUGACAGCUCCUCGCAUCUCGCAACAGUGGAGAAAUAUGACCCCCAGAGCAACACAUGGACAGCCAUCGCCAACAUGCUGAGUCGGCGCAGCAGUGCCGGGGUGGCCGUGCUGGACGGCAUGUUGUACGUCGCAGGAGGCAACGACGGCACCAGCUGUCUGAACUCUGUGGAGAGGUUCAACCCCAAGACCAACACCUGGGAGGGAGUGUCUCCCAUGAACAUACGCAGGAGCACUCAUGAUCUGGUGGCUAUGGAUGGCUGGUUAUAUGCAGUGGGAGGUAACGAUGGCAGCUCUAGUCUCAACUCCAUUGAAAAAUACAACCCACGCAGCAACAAAUGGGUUGCAGCCUCCUGCAUGUUCACGCGGCGGAGCAGCGUAGGCGUCGCCGUGCUGGAGCUUCUGAACUUCCCACCGCCCUCCUCGCCCACCCUCUCGGUUUCCUCCACCAGCCUUUGACACGGGGUCACCGUUUGGCUGACCUCAGCCUCUGCUGCUACGGCCCAGACUGGCUCUGGGAAGAGACGAAACUGCUCGGUUUGAGACGAGGAAGAAGAGGAAGAGCGUUGGGAGUGGACAGGUAAAUGUAUGCAGAAAGGCGGAUGUGAAUGAGGCUCCUGGCUUGGCACAGUGGGCUUCGGAAUUAGUGGCACUCUGGUGAGAUUUAGCUAGCCACAUUUUAAAAAAUACACAACAUAAAUGAUGAAUCUCAAUCUAAAACAAACUCGCAAGUUUUUAAAAAUGAAAUCUGAAUUAGACAAGUAACUCCUCUCCUCUUUUUCUUUGCACCAACAACAAGCCAGAUACUUGAAAUACACGAUUGUUGGAGAAAUAUUGAUGAAUACCAAGAAAUUGAGGUGAUACGGACAAAGACGGACCUCUGAAGCCUGAUUGAUUUUUCAUAAAAGACAAAAAAUACAUAAUAUCGCUAACAUCUUUUAAAAAAUUAUCUAAUGUUCUUAUUAUCCAAUCUGGCUGCUAUUGACCAUGGUACCAUUAAUUCUGGACUUCACUAUAUCUGGUCUGGAUGCCUAAACUCCACUGUACAGAUACCAGCUGCCACUCUCUUCAAGAUAUUCCUGGAAAAAGAUGCGUGAACACUGAGCAGUCUUUCCUCAAACCACACUUUUUUUUCCACCACUCCAGUGUUUGACACACUUAUCGUGAAACAUGGUGGGCCUUUAAAUUCUAUCAUGUGUGAUGUAAAUGUUUUUGGUUUGAUGUUGUCUUCUGCAAGGUUUUUCUUUGAUGUCAGGAGUUUUCUUUUUUUGCAAUAAUGCACAAAAAAAGAGAAAGAGAAUGAUUUUACUUUUGGAAUGUAGCUUUUUAGUGGUUGUACCAUGCAUGUUUACGUAUUGGCGCUGAUUCCCAAAAAGAUAGGAAAAAAAAUGUCGUAGUGCUGCUAUGCCACACUAGGUGGCAGUAACAGGCAAUGCUAAACACCCUUCUCAUACUGCAAGAAAGCAUGGACACCAACAACAUAGAAAAGCUAGGCCCUCAGAACUGUAAAUGAGUUUGAAUCCUUUUUUUAUAUAUAUAUAUAAAAACAGAGCGUUAUGUUGAACUAUAUGUAUUUAUAAAAAAAAUGUAUAAAUUCUAAUAUAUUCUGUUUUAAAGAUGCUUAGAGAAGGACACAGAUCAGACCUAUGCCUAUUUAAGAGUGUUUUUAAUAUAUUUAUUUAGAUGUGAUGUGCAUAUCGUCAGUGGAAAUGACAAAGAGAAUGUCUCGGUGUGAGAGCGGUAGCUGUUGAAUUUGUGUGCAUUCAGAGUUUCUCCUGGUUAAGAUGACUGACUGUUGCAUUUUGACGUGCAGCAUUUCAUUUGCAUUUCUUAAUGUUUCUUCACUGCCACAAGCAUGAUCUCACACGACACUGUACCUUACGUCCGCUACAUUUAUGAAAACGGCUUUAUUUUCCUGCAAACCUGUUGAGCAGUUAAGGAAAGGAUGCUCUAUUAUCUUUAAUUCUACUUCUCAGUCAAAUAAAGACACGGCGGCGGAUGUAAUCCUUCUGACACGUGAUCGCUUACAUUUACAUUAAAGCAGCAAUUACUAGUUUACCUUGAAUAUAUCAACACAUGACACUAAUGAGUAAUGUUGCUGACACUUGGUGCUGUCAUUGUCCCCAACACAUGUCAUUUUGUUACCUCAUUGUUGAAACUGAUCCAACUCCGUUUCAAUUAAGUUAAAAUAGAAGCAACUCCAGGUAACCACAAACAUACUGGCUUUAGAACCUGUGGUGAGUGAAUUGGGAAAGUUUCCAGUCAACCUGCUAUGUCUAAAAUAAAUAUAUUGCUUUGACUUUUUUUUUUUUUUUU